AUGCGAUCCGUUUCAACGCUUCAAUUUUUUUGCUUUUCUCAGUUUUCUAUCAUACACCUCUCCUCUCCUCGCCCUUCGCUCUGUUUCUAUUUAACUGAUGUCUUUCCUGGCCCAAUCAACGCACCGAUCGUCGCACCGCCCGCCCAAGUCUUCCCAGCCACAAACGCCCAAGGCCAGAGGAUCUGCAGACAAUGCGGUUUCCCAAGACGGUAUAAAGACAACAAGUGCAUUGAAAAAUGGGGCCCUGGGCCGAUGGGUCCUAGGACUGUUUGCGAUCAGUGUAAGCAAAUGAAACGCGUCGAGAGGCAAGGAACCCUGGAGACAGAUUAUACUGAGGGGAGAGGGGCUGGGGCACUGUCGGCGCUUACAGACCUCGAAUUGGAUUUCAUAGACUCACCAAUACCUCCCUUGGCGAAUAUCAUAGGCUUUAGACACCUAAGGAAUCUUACCAUCUCCGCAUCGCUCCCAUUCAUCCAAUCGUUCGUUGCCAACAUAUCCACGGACCAACUAGACACCUUUGUCUGCCUUUCACCUCCUGAACCAGGAUUUGACAUGAAACUCUUGGUUGAGGACUUUGUUUCGCGCUGGUCUAGCUCCUUACGAUGUUUCGGGCUCAGAUUAACACCAGAGGACGCGGAGGCGGAAGAGUUACCUCUCGACACAUUAAAGCCUUUAUUCCCUUUACACAACCUCUGCACGCUCAGUCUACGUGGAUAA